GACGACCGCUCAGGACGGUGUAAGAGGGCUCGCGCUGAGGCAUAAACCUAUCUAGCUCCUCACAUCACGGACCUAGGCCGGAUAUUCGUAUUGCACUUCAGCGGACAGCGCUUGCGCGGGCAGCUUGGGGGACACGCUGCCGUGGUGGGAGUCCGGUCUGGACGGCUGGGGAGGACAGCAUCAACCUAUCCUCCAUACUCUGCACACACACGCUGCCGCACACACACUCCCAAUCACUCGCUAUCGCUAUCCAGGCACUGCCAUCAAUCCGGGUCAAUCCAGAGACGGCCUGCUCAGCGCCAUGGCGGUGAUAAGCGGUGAUGCGGUGGUAUGUAACGCGUUGGCUUUGUCGCCCUAACAAGGGUUCUUAAUGCACAUGUUGGUGCGGGGGGCCGCGGACCGUGUGCUAAAUAAGCCGCUCACCCCGGCGGGCAAGCCCUUUGCGCGCCUGCUGAAAGCCAUGACUGAAUUGCCCGCGGUGACCCUUGUGGCGCCGCCCGAGCCGGGUGGGGACCGUGCUACAAAUGGCUCCACAGUUAGCCGCCCUGAAGGCUAAGCAUUUGCAGUAUGUGUGCGAUGCGGGUGUGUCGGGGGUGGGGGCUGCCCUGGCGGCGGGGGCUUUCGUGUGCACCUUGGCCCGCUUGUGGUCGCUGAAAUGGGAGAAUCAUCAUAAGGAAGCGCUGUGGCGUGUGGCCGCCAACGCUUGCUGGGCGUUCCCACGGCAUGCUAGCGAGCGGGCGCGAGGCGUUGCUGUUGACCCGUGUUGGGCGUGUGGGGUUGACAUGCAGGAUGGGGACCGGCGUCACUGGUUUUGGGACUGCACUGUGGCGCUGUCCCUGCGGGAAAACAUGGGAAUGGCUAUGGGUUUCGUGCCAGAGGAUGCUCUAAGUGCCUUCUCUCGUGAGGAGUUGUGGUUGGUGCGCCCGCCUGCGGGGCUUGCGCCACCUGUGUGGGAUGUGGUGUGUCUCGCUGCUAUGUCUGCCCUGGACUUUGGUCGGCAGCGUAUGGUUAUGGCCGGGCUGGCGGCGCUAGCGAAGCUGCCGUCGGCCCGGGUGCUGAGCAUUGGACUCGCCGUCGUAGCUGACUUCUGGGGUCGGCUCCAGACGUUUGUGACUUUGGGUAUCAGGCCGAAGGGUUGGGACACUGUGCCGUCUGCGCAUCCUUUCAUCUCUCGGGCUGUUGGUGACGGCAUGUUUUUGCGCUUGCCGUAUGACGCUGAUUCCCCGCCUCCCUCGCCGUGAGAGGUUGUGCGUGGUUGGUGGCUUUGUGUGUGGGCAGGUUGCACGCGUGGGCGACCGUUCUAGUACCUGGACGCUUGCGCCCUGGUUAGUGCGUGCGCUGUGCGUGUGUCCUGCGGCCUAGACGUUUCCCGGCACUUCUGUGCCUAGGCUUGUGACGUUGAGGCACAGCGGUGGGGCUCUGGCGGGUUGAGGCUUGGCUAGGACUCACUGUGCGCGGAGUCACACGGACUU